UCACGAGACCGGAAGUGCUGGCGAGCGCCUCCCUUUCGCGGCACGUCACCUACCCAACACCGCUGGGCGGCCCGGCGUGAAGGCGGCCGCCGCGUAACCCGAGUCCCAGGAGCGGAGGUGACCACCGAGAAGGUCCCAACACUAAGUGGCGCCCUCCUCAACGCCACUACACCAGGUCCCCUCCCCUACCCCGCUGAACCGACCCGCUUUCCAGUCGCGUGCCGUCCGUCUUCCGCGCCUGCGUGGAACCUGGCCGCGCGCGCGCCUAAAGCCACGCCCCACGCGUUGGACACGCCCUCGGAGGCUCCGCCCCUGUCGCCCGGAUCCCACCCCUCUGCUCGCAGGACCCCGAACCCCAAUGAUCCUGCAGCAACCCCUGGAGCGAGGCCCCCAGGGUCGGGCCCAGCGCGACCCGCGGGCCGUCUCAGGGGCGUCCCGAGGCCUGGACGCGAGCUCCCCUCUCCGAGGAGCUGUGCCCAUGAGCACCAAGCGUCGCCUGGAGGAGGAGCAGGAGCCCCUGCGCAAGCAGUUCCUGUCUGAGGAGAACAUGGUCACCCACUUCUCUCGACUUUGCCUGCACAAUGACCACCCUUACUGCAGCCCCUCCAUGGCUUUCCCCCCAGCUCUGCCCCCACUCAGAAGCCCUUGCUCUGAGCUGCUUCUCUGGCGCUACCCUGGGAACCUGAUCCCUGAGGCGCUCCGGUUGCUGAGGCUGGGGGACACCCCCACCCCCCACUACUCUGCAACCCCAUCUGGGGACAUAAUGGAGCUCUGAGUGCUGGGGGGCAGUGCCCCUGCCCACCUUCCUUCUUCCCCACAACAGGGGAGGCCAGCACUCCCACAAAGGGACCAGCUGCCCUGCUUUUCCUCCAGACCAGGCCUCUGGGCACCAGGACCUUCCCCCAACAGAGGACACUGAGCCCCACGGAGCCCUGGGGUGGGAGGGGCAGGAGCAUGGGAAGGGAGCCGUCCCCUCCCCAGAGAACUGAAUAAAGAUUGCUGAGCAAA